GUUAUAUUUAAUAAUGGAAGAAACAUUCGAAGUUGACGUAGAUGAAGUCAUUGAUGAGCUCUUGGGGGUUCGUGGCUGAAGGCCAGGCAAACUAGCACUCAAUAAUGUCACAGAAGAACAAAUCAAAGGGAUCUGCCUCAAGGUUAGAGAGAUACUAAUGGACCAGCCUUGAUUUUUGGAGUUGAGCGCUCCUUUAAAGGUAAUAGGGGAUACUCAUGGGCAAUACUUUGAUCUUCUCAGGCUCUUUGAGUACGGAGCAUUUCCUCCUGAGUCUAAUUACCUCUUCCUCGGAGACUACGUUGAUAGAGGAAAGCAGUCACUUGAAACAAUUUGCUUAUUGUUUUGCUAUAAAAUAAAGUAUCCUGAAAAUUUCUUCCUCCUUAGAGGGAAUCAUGAGUGCUCAUCUAUUAAUAAGAUAUAUGGGUUUUAUGACGAAUGCAAGAGGAGAUACUCUAUCAAGCUCUGGAAAAUAUUCUCUGAUGUUUUCAACUGCCUCCCAGUGGCUGCACUUAUCGAAGAAAGGAUUCUCUGAAUGCAUGGAGGGCUUUCUCCUGAGCUCAAGAAUUUUGAUCAAAUAAGAAGUCUUUAUAGGCCAAGUGAAAUCCCAGACACAGGUCUCAUGUGAGACUUGUUAUGGUCAGACCCAGAGAAAGGAUGCAAGGGCUGGGGUACAAAUGAGAGAGGCAUCAGCUUUGUUUUCGGAGAGAAGAUUGUAGACGAGAUAUGAGAGAACCUUGAUAUCGAUCUCAUAUGCCGUGCUCACCAGGUCGUGGAAGAUGGAUAUGAGUUUUUCAAUAAUCGAAAAGUAGUCACUGUAUUCUCAGCUCCAAAUUACUGCAAUGAGUUCGAUAACUCUGCUGCAAUCAUGACAAUAGAGGAAGACCUCACUUGCAGCUUCAAAAUAUUGCAACCUGCUGAGAAGCUGAAGAAGUAUCAAGGAAAGGGGAGGCCUUCGACUCCAAUAUAAUCCCUAGAAUUAAUUUAUAUUAAAAUUCUAGCUAAACACCAGCAUUAACUAGGCCUCACAUUC